AGGGUGGGAUGAAUACGCUCGCGGUAACUCAAAAUACGGACGAGGGUCAAAGCUCUCACGCCAGCCGCAGCCGCAGUCGUGCCGUGCCGCGACAAUGCCGUCAGUUGGGCAAUGCGCACCGUUGGCUCGUGUCUGCAAUCUUGUGCGCGCUACAAGGGAUUAUUCCUGAACAUGCCAUGUUGUUUCGGCGUCCAGGAGUGCACCUGCAAGAAAGGCAUGUGUUCCGCACGGUGGCUCGGAUCUUAUCAUAUCAGAUGAUCGAUACUUAGCGCAAAGCUUGUUGGAAGUCUUGCCAGUCAGACAAGCUCUUCAAAGCCGGGUCGGCACUUCGCCUCGACGAGGGCUAGUCUCUAGAUCAGCACAGGAAGUCUUGGACUGGAAGAUCGGUCACCCAACACUUUGCGGUAGAACUACCUUGGCCGAGGUGCUUUCCGUUGUUGCGCGUCCGAAACAUACCUUACCUUGUUGCAUCCUGGGUGUCCACGAGGGAGAAGUCAACACGUGGGGAGAGCCGUUGUCUGGCCUUGCAGGGUCGAAUGAUUGACCCCCCCACCACUGAGCUGCAGAGAACAACCAGCGAUCGUCCUGGUACAAGCAAACUUGGCAGUAGGCCUCGCCUGUUUGCGCCCAGUUUGGAGCGGAUCGUUCACUCCAUCUGUGCUGUGUGCCGCACAAGAAAAGAGCUCCUGUUAAGGUACUGUACUUGGCGCGCCCGACCUCUGCCUGCCCUGCCUCCGACGCUCGGGAGCCUCACAAGGGAAGGAAGACCGUGGCGAUUGAUGCUCGCCAUCUUGUCUUAUCACAUCUAAUCAAUCUUGCGACGACUUGAUCUUUUCUCAACACAGGCGGCGGGCAUUGAGCACGCGAUUGCACCAAAUCUUCCCACUGGCAAUAGAAGGUGAUUGCAAUCAUGAUGCCCUCGAGUCUUUUUCUUGCAAGCUCGCUGGCGGGCCUGGCGACAGCCGCGACACAGACUUUCGAUUGGAACAUCACUUGGGUGAGGGCAAACCCAGAUGGCAUGCACGAGCGACCGGUCAUUGGCAUAAACAAUAAGUGGCCUCUGCCGCGUCUCAACAUCACCAAAGGCGACAGAGUCGUGGUGAAUAUGCACAACCAGUUGGGCAACGAAAGCACAAGUCUCCAUUUCCAUGGACUCUUUCAAAACGGCACAAAUGAGAUGGACGGACCCGUGGGAGUGACACAGUGUGACGUCCCGCCUGGGUCCACGUUUGUGUACAACUUCACAAUCGAUCAACCAGGCACAUACUGGUACCAUUCUCACAGUCGUGGACAGUAUCCUGAUGGCCUGCGACAGCAAUUCAUCGUUCACGACCCGGAAAACCCAUACAUUGGUCAAUUCGACGAGGAAGUCGCGCUCACGAUUUCUGAUUGGUACCACGAUGAGAUGCCAGGCCUCAUCGACUGGUUCAUCAGCGUCGAGAACCCGACAGGAGCUGAGCCGGUGCCCAAGUCUGCCUUGAUGAACGAUAUGCAGAAUAUUACCAUCGCCGUGGAACCUGGCAAGACCUAUUACUUCCGCUUGUCGAAUGUUGCUGCGUUCGCCGGUCAGUACUUCUGGAUCGAAGGUCACACCAUGAGAAUAGUCGAAGUCGAUGGCGUGUAUACCGAGCCCGCCGAGGCAGAGAUGAUCUACGUGACCGCUGCUCAACGAUACAGCUUCCUAGUGACGACAAAGAAUGACACCAACGCAAACUUCGCCAUGGUCAGCAGCAUGGACACCGAUCUCUUCGACUCCUUCUCGCCGGAUCUGCCAACCAACGUGACAGGAUGGCUUGUAUACGACCAGGCAAAGCCGAACCCAGAACCUGCUCUCCUCGACAGCUGGGAUGGUCAAUAUGACGACUUUGAUCUCGUACCACAAGAUGAGCUCGAGUUAUACGAUCACGCCGAUUACUCGUUCAACCUUAACUUAUCGAUGAACAACUUGGGAGAUGGUGCGAACUAUGCAUGGUUCAACGACAUCACUUACGUCCGACCAAAGGUGCCAACGCUCUACACCGCUCUUACCACCGGCCAGUACGCCAACAACGUCACUGUCUACGGCCGCGACACCAACUCUUUCGUGCUUCAGAAGAACGAUAUUGUCGAGAUCAUUCUGAACAACAAUGAUCCGGGCAAACAUCCAUUCCAUCUGCACGGGCACAACUUCCAAGUCAUCUAUCGCAGCCCGGAAGAGUGGGGAAACUAUGACCCGAACAAUCACACCGACUUCCCGCAGAAGCCAAUGCGCCGUGAUACGUUUUGGGUCAGACCUAAUGGUAACUUUGUCAUCAGAUUCAGAGCCGACAACCCUGGCAUCUGGCUUUUCCACUGCCAUCUUGAAUGGCAUCUGGUCAGCGGACUGAUCGCCACAAUGGUUGAGGCUCCACUGGAAAUUCAAAAGACCGUGAGUGUUCCUCAGAAUCACUAUGACGUCUGCGCAGCGGGCGCCACACCAACAGCAGGCAACGCGGCAGCGAACACCAUCGAUCCUCUCGACCUCACCGGGCAGAAUUUGAGUAUAGCACCGCUGCCGGCUGGUUUCACGGCCAAGGGCAUUGUUGCGCUUGUGUUCAGCUGCGUCGCCGCAUUCUUGGGCAUGGCUGUUAUCGCUUGGUAUGGAGUCGCACCGAUCAGUGCGGCCGAGAUGGCACAGACACGUCGUUUUGUUGCGAGAGCAGGCGGUAGCACGACAUGAAGUAGGAAUUCUCUAGGGCGAUGUGCUGUUCGCGCGCUGGAAAAGCGGCGGUGAGUGGUGACGAGGUUGAAUGCGAGAUGACACGAGCGCGGCGAGGUGCCCGAUAUGCCACAGCACCCUUUUCUUGUCUGAGACGAAGAUGAAGGCGGAAUAUUUGUGGGUUCAGCUUCGAUUUAGCGACUUGUCACAUGCACAACGAUACUUCAAUCGAUCCCGUACCUCUGCAGUGGGCCGCUUCGGAAGAUUGCGCGCGGUGAUACACAGAUCUCGGGUGCGAGCAGAGGUGAAAAGCUUUUCGCCUGCAGCGGGUACGUACGAUUCGUCAUCGAAAUUGUUCCUGCGGUGUAUGACCAGCGCCUCCAUGUUGGGGGGGGGAUGUAUAAGGGUGAUGGCACGGCAGGGAGCCUUCCUCGCUGGCGGGUGUCGAUGUCCGUGUCGAUGUGGCUUCUGGGAAGUGAGUGAAGCGAAGCGGACGGACAUGGCUUCCAUCGAAUCAGAAAGCUUUGACGCUAGCGCUCGCAGAAAUAGAAUAGGCUCAGCCCGGCCGGCCGGCUACACCCGCU